AUGGUAAUUGACUGGCCUACAACAUUGCUCAUAGUCUCUCAUGACAAGAAGUUCUUAAAUGAGGUAGCCACAGAUAUGAUACAUCAGCAUUCAAAGAGGUUAGAUGCAUAUAAGGGAAACUAUGAUCAGUUCUUUAAGACUAAGACAGAAAAACACAAAAAUCAGCAGAGAUAUGAAGCUCAGAUGCAAUUCAGAGCCCAUGUACAGACUUUCAUUGAUAGAUUCAGGUACAAUGCUAACCGAGCUGCCCUUGUACAGAGCAAAAUUAAACAAUUGGAAAAACUGCCUAAACUAAUUCCAGUGGAGAAGGAAAGUGAAGUUAUACUAAGGUUUCCAGCAGAGUUACAUAAACUAUCCCCACCUAUCCUUCAGUUAGAUGAAGUCAGUUUCAGCUAUGGUCCUGACGUACCCAUCUUUGGCUCUGUAGACCUCUCAGCUAACAUGGAGUCAAGAAUAUGUAUCGUUGGUGAGAAUGGUUCAGGGAAGACAACUCUUCUGAAGAUCUUAUUAGGUGAAUUCAAUCCUGUAACUGGUAUCAGACACUGUCAUAGAAACCUAAGGAUAGGCUACUUCAGUCAGCAUCAUAUAGAUACUAUGAAUUUUGAUAAGAAUGCUAUAGAGGUCAUGGCAUCUAGGUUCCCAGGAAAACAGAUAGAACAAUACAGACAGCAGUUAGGAUCAUUUGGAGUGACGGGUGACCUUGCUACCAGACCAGUGUCCAGUCUAUCUGGUGGUCAGAAGAGUAGAGUUGUAUUUGCUCUAAUGUGUGCUGGAAAUCCUAACUUCUUCAUUCUUGAUGAACCAACAAAUCAUCUGGAUAUUGAGACAGUAGAGGCUUUGGGUAAAGCACUAUCUUCAUUUAAGGGUGGAGUCAUUCUUGUUUCUCAUGACGAGAGCUUAAUCCGAGUAGUUUGCAAGGAAUUAUGGGUAUGUGGUGAAGGAAGUGUCAGAGCAAUGGAAGGAGGACUGGAUGAAUACAAGAAAAUGGUUGAAAAGGAAUUUGAGCAGCAGAGAUAAACCUGGGAUUGGAUGAAGACAAGAACUUCAAACAGUGUAGUCAACUCUUCAAUGGAAACAAUCGUUAUGAGCCAUUAACAUUGUUUUAUCUUUUGUCAAAUUGAACAAGGAAUAAGAAAGUUAUUGCUGUUUUUGAAGGACAAGUCCACCCCAACAAAAACUUGAUUUGAAUAAAAAGAGAAA